AUGUCUGAUGAUCCACAAGCAACAAGCAAACCACGAGCCCUGGCCGACCUGCACCUGAAUGACCUACUUACUCAAGACCUGGCUACAUCUUCUGAGGAUGAGGGGACCGGUGCGCCGGGAGGACCAGAAGACGAUGCUACAACAGCGAUAGGUGUCAGUAUUGGUCAUGAGCAGACUCGCCUCAAUUCUCCACGUACUCCAGCAGUCGAGAAAGCCCAGGCAAUUGAGGAAGCAGGUGGAUUCUUCGGCAGCAGCUUGGAUGGCAUAGCGGAAGCGGAGACGCCCGGAAUCGAGCCACGAGGAGAUGUGGGCGUCCUAGACGAUGAGGAAAAGGAUCGUGUGGAUGCCACAGCGACAGUAAAGGGAGAAGAGGACAAUGCAGCAGCACGGGGCAGGGAGGCGGUACAUGAGCUGUCACGACGCGGGACACAGAUCAGACUGCCUUCACCGUGGCGAGCACCAGAGAAGAAAAAGUCACUGCUACGCGACGGUCUAUCUUCUUUCCAUCGAAGAGGAGCGUCUGCCACAACAGAAUCCACCCUCGAUAGUUGGCAGCGAUCUUUCAUGUCAAGUCUCCCGUCCAUGCCUCGACACUUUUCAUUAAGCUCCCCAUUCUCUACAAGCACCGAUGCGAGCACCAAUGACUCUACUGCGGUAAGAAGCGCAACUUCCGGCCCGCCAUCAUCUCUGCGUAACAGUGAACCUAGAAGGCUUGUACGCCAACGAUCCGAAAGCGAGUCAAUGGUAACGAACUUGGUCCGCGUGGAGUCGCCACGUGAAGAGGAAGAGGCCGAAGCCACGAUCGGAGAACUGCCUACCAGGCCUCAACUCCGGCGUGUACGAUCUCGACAAUCUCAGCUCAGACGCUCAGCAUCCGACACAUCACUUAUUACACAUCGUACACUAUCACGAGUAUCAUCCUUGGGCGACGACACGCGCUUCGAACAUGUCUCAGAACAAGUCAACAGUCGGUUGAAAGCCAUCAAAGACAGCUGGCAAGACUCAAAUAUCAAACUACCCAGCCUCGCGAGCUUCAAGCCAGACUUUUUGCGAGAACGUUCUGCUUCUUUCGGCAAGAAGGACGGCAACGACAGCAGUAGCAUCAUAACAGAUGACGCCAAACCAGUUGAUCCCAUGACUCGCCAGCCCUGGCACUCCACCAAGAAUGCCGUGGCCGACAGUACUAAACCCUCUACACAUCCGCACUUCAGCCGCGCUCUCGCACAGCUUGAGGGUGAUGUGGUGGUGCUGGGAGGCUACCGCGGCAGCAUCCUUCGCUCCGCCGAGCCACCACAUCGUCAACUCUGGGUGCCGGUGAAAGUAGGCCUGAACCUGCGAAAAGCUGACCUCGAACUCGGCAUAAAAGAAGAAGACGAUUACCGACCAAGUGAUAAAGUGAUAGCAGGAGGGAUGCUAACACAUAUCGGGCCCGUGGACAUCUCACGACGGCUCUUCAAACGAUUACGAGGAUGUCAGAAUGCACAUGAGAGGAGGCUGCGGGUGCAUGAUUAUGGAUAUGAUUGGCGCCUACAUCCUCUAUAUCUGAGUCAAAAGCUGAUCGAGUUCCUGGAAGGACUCCAGUGUAAUCGUCCUGGUACGCCUAAAAGCAAACGCGGCGCGACUGUGAUUGCUCACUCUCUUGGUGGCCUUGUCACCCGACAUGCGGUCAAUCAACGACCUGAGCUGUUCCGCGGUGUAGUGUACGCUGGCGUACCACAUACAUGCGUGAACAUCCUCGGACCAAUGCGGAAUGGCGAUGAAGUCUUGCUGAGUUCUCGGGUCCUGACGGCUCAAGUCAACUUCACGAUCCGCACAAGCUUCGCGCUUCUGCCACUGGAUGGAAGAUGCUUUUUCGACAAGAAUACCAAGGAGGAGUACCCAGUGGAUUUCUUCGAUCCGAAUUAUUGGAUUGAGAACCGCUGGUCCCCGUGUGUGGGUCGACCACUACCACCUCUUACGGCGCCAGAAAAGCCCACAGGUCUCGCAGGCUACGUGAGCUCCAUGACGAACGCAUUGCCUAGUCUUCCGAUUCCAGGCCGCAAGAACAGUCUCAACCAGUCCAAGGCGCCUUCAAUAGCAACCGAGGCCGCAUCUCAAGUCACUGAGCCCUCUAGUAUGUCCAACGGACAAUCCGCAGAAACGAUGAUGAACGGCAAUAUCGACCGCACCGGCCUCAAUCGAUCUCCAGAUGCCGACACUUCCACUUCCGUCCGCACAGCCGUCACCAUACCACGAGAAGAAGCAGUUGCAUACCUCACACGCACCCUAGCCACAAUCAAGAAGUUCAAGCAAGAACUCGCUUUUCAGCCCGCCCAUGCGGCGAAGAACGCAUACCCACCCAUAGCCGUCAUAUACGGCAAGUCGACUCCCACGGUCUAUGGUGCGAAAGUGAAGGGACGGGAUGGCAUCAAGCGUGCGGAUGCAUAUGACGAGCUGGCUUUUGCAUCUGGAGAUGGUGUGGUCCUUGCGAAAGCGGCCAUGGUUCCCGAGGGCUAUACCACUGUGAGGAAUGGCGUGGUGAGUAGUGAACGUGGUCAUGUCACACUGUUGGGUGAUCUCGAAGCGGUUGGGAAGUGUCUGAAUGCCAUCAUCGGUGCGAGGAAACGUGGUUGGUAG